CAACAACAACAACAACUACAACUAUCCUCUUUUCUUCUUUAGAAACUUGGCCACACCUUAUCCACAAAAACAAUGAACUCUUCAACACCAUCAUCUUCUUCUUCGUCUUCUUCUUGUGUUUGAUGAUAGAUAACACACAUCACAGCCCAAAAACAAUCCUCCAAAACAAAACCCAAAACUCAGAUUAUACAAAAUGUCAGUGGCAUCUUCCUUCCCCUGCAUCAAAAUCUCAACUUGCUCAUCAUCCCCAUCUUGUUCAUAUUCUUCUUCUUCCCCUAGUAAUUCUCUUAUGUUGUCUUCUUCUUCAACUAAGCCCUGUUAUGUAAAGACCACCAUUAGGAGCUCCCAAACUGAAGGGCCUAUAAGAAGACCUGCUGCUCCUUCAGUUAGAGAACCCUCUCCACCUACUCUCAAACCCCCAACACCUCCCUCUAAGUCUCCUUCGCCGCCGCAGCCUCAGCCGGCCGCUCCGGUUUCCGGGCUGACGAUGGUGGAGGACAAGAAUGUGGUGACGCUCGAGUUUCAGAGGCAGAAGGCUAAGGAGAUUCAGGACUACUUCAAGCAGAAGAAGCUUGAGGAAGCCAGUCAGGGUCCUUUCUUUGGCUUUGUUGGCAAGAAUGAGAUUAGCAAUGGAAGAUGGGCGAUGUUUGGUUUUGCUGUUGGAAUGCUAACAGAGUAUGCAACUGGCUCAGACUUUGUUGAUCAAGUAAAGAUCCUUCUCUCCAAUUUUGGGAUAGUAGAUCUGGAAUGAUGCACUGGCUUGAUGUUAAGAGCCAUCAAUACUUUCUUGUUGCUGGAGCUGUUGUAGAUGUGUUCGUGUUUCACUUGCAACUUCAUUGAGUAAUUUGUUUAAAUUCCAUUUACGAGAAAUACAUAACUAUCAUAAGCUGUAUUUUUACUAUAUUGUUUACCAUGAUUUCAAGUAUAGAAGAAGUUCUUCGGCGCUCGUUUGAUAACA